GUGGGGUGCGGGAGGAGUCUGGGGCACGGGCUGGGCUGAGGCCGGCCUGGAACUGGGACCGCCUUGUUCAGGAGUUGGACAACAGGUGAGGCAGCCAGGCCUAGCAGGCCCCGCACCACCGCCGCCGCCGCCUCUGGGGCCGCCGCUGCUGAGGGGCCACCAUGCUUCUGCCCAGGCCUGGAGACUGACCCUAAACCGGCACCAUCUCUCAGCUCCGCCCCCACCUGCCGGACCCCAGGGUCCCGCCCCGGCCCAGGAGGUCAGCCGGGGAAUCAUUAACUAGAGGCCGUGACAUGGCGGAGAAGGAGGGUGGCCGGACUGUGCCAUGCUGCUCUGGACCCAAGGUGGCAGCUCUCACUGUGGGGACCGUGCUGCUCCUGACAGGCAUCGGGGCAGCGUCCUGGGCCAUUGUGACCGUUCUACUCAGGAGUGAUCAGGAGCCGCUGUAUCCAGUGCAGGUCGGCCCGGCCGACGCUCGGCUCACGGUGUUUGACCAGACGGAGGGCACGUGGCGCCUGCUGUGCUCCUCGCGCUCCAACGCCAGGGUGGCGGGGCUCAGCUGCGAGGAGAUGGGCUUCCUCAGGGCGCUGGCCCACUCGGAGCUGGAUGUGCGGACGGCGGGCGCCAACGGCACGUCGGGCUUCUUCUGCGUGGACGAGGGGAGGCUGCCGCACGCCCGGAGGCUGCUCGAGGUCCUCUCCGUGUGCGACUGUCCCAGGGGUCGUUUCCUGGCUACCAUCUGCCAAGACUGUGGCCAUAGGAAGCUGCCCGUCGAUCGCAUCGUGGGCGGCCAGGACACCAGCUUGGGCAGGUGGCCAUGGCAAGUCAGUCUUCGCUACGAUGGAGCACACCUCUGUGGGGGGUCCCUGCUCUCCAGAGACUGGGUGCUGACAGCCGCCCACUGCUUCCCUGAGCGGAACCGGGUCCUGUCCCGAUGGCGAGUGUUUGCCGGUGCCGUGGCCCAGACCUCACCGCAUGGCGUGCAGCUGGGGGUGCAGGCAGUAAUCUACCACGGGGGCUAUCUCCCCUUUCGAGACCCCAACAGUGAGGAGAACAGUAAUGACAUUGCCCUGGUCCACCUCUCCAGCUCCCUGCCCCUCACAGAGUACAUCCAGCCCGUGUGCCUCCCGGCUGCUGGGCAGGCCCUAGUGGACGGCAAGAUCUGCACCGUGACUGGCUGGGGCAACACACAGUACUACGGCCAACAGGCGGGGGUACUCCAGGAGGCCCGAGUCCCAAUAAUCAGCAGUGAUGUCUGCAACGGCCCCGACUUCUACGGGAACCAGAUCAAACCCAAGAUGUUCUGUGCCGGCUAUCCUGAGGGUGGCAUUGAUGCCUGCCAGGGCGACAGCGGUGGCCCCUUCGUGUGUGAGGACAGCAUCUCUCGGACGCCACGUUGGCGGCUGUGUGGCAUCGUGAGCUGGGGCACCGGCUGUGCCCUGGCGCAGAAGCCAGGCGUCUACACCAAAGUCAGUGACUUCCGGGAGUGGAUCUUCCAGGCCAUAAAGACUCACUCCGAAGCCAGCGGCAUGGUGACCCAGCUCUGACCUGUGGCUUCUCGCUGUGCACGCCUGCAGGGCCCAAGCUGAUCUAGGUGGCUCCAGCCCCACAUGAUGGGGUUCACCCUGGGAUGGAACAUUUUUCUUCUUGGGCCCAGCCCACAGGUCCAAGGAUACCCUCCCUCCAAGGUCCUCCACAGUGGCGGGCCCACUCAGCCCUGGGACCACCCGAGCCUCACCCUUCUGACCCCCAUGUAAAUAUUGUUCUGCCGUCUGGGGAGUCCCAUCUAGUGCCCCUGAUGACAGGAUGCUCUUUAAAUAAUAAAGAUGGUUUUGAUUAA